AUGGAGGCGUCUUUCAAAACAACACGCUGUGAGAGGUACGUCUCGGUCUUUCUAAUUUUCUUUGCAAUGCUUAACGCAGCGUCUGCAGUUACGCACUAUUCCAUCCCGGAGGAGGAGGAACGCUCUGUGGUCGCCAAUUUAGCCACUGAUUUGGGUUUGGAUGUGAAAACACUAACCAAGAGGAAUAUGCGUUUAGACGUCAUAGCUAGCAAAAAAUAUCUGGAUGUGAACAAAGACACAGGAGAGCUGUACAUUGUAGUGACAAUCGACAGGGAGUAUCUAUGUACAACUAAGACAUCGACGUCUUGUUUCCUUAAAAUGGAGGCGAUAAUAGAAAACCCCCAGCGGAUAUUUUACAUCGAAAUAGAGAUAAUAGAUAUUAACGACAACGCGCCUCAUUUUCGAAGGGACACCAUCAAUCUGGAUAUAUCUGAAGCAACCCAGGCUGGAGAACGUUUUUCUGUUAACAAUGCAGUCGACCCUGACGUUGGUUCAAAUUCCGUACAAACAUAUAUUUUAGGCGAAAGUGAGCAUUUCGAUAUAGAAAUCCAAACUGGUAGAGAUGGGUCAAAGUUUGCUGAUUUGAUUCUGAAAAAGGUUUUGGACCGUGAGGCGCAAGCUAUUCAUAAUCUAAUUCUCACCGCUAUAGACGGCGGAGUCCCCACCCACUCCGGUACAGCAAGUAUAAUUGUUCGCGUCCUAGACACGAAUGACAACGCCCCUCUCUUUGAUAGAGAUACUUUCAACGUUAACGUUGUGGAAAAUUCUCCGAUUGGAAGCGUUGUGGUUCAAAUGAAUGCGACUGACUUAGAUGAGGGAAGUAACUCAGAAAUGAUGUACUUCUAUAGUUUGUAUACGUCAGAGAAAACGCAAAACACAUUUAGCUUAAACCCCAACACCGGUGAGAUCACGGUGAAAGAAAUGAUUAAUUAUGAAGACUUUCGGAUUUAUGACAUGGAAGUCAUAGCAACAGACAAGGGAGCCAAUCCUUUAUCAGGUCAGUGUAAAAUAACCAUUCUAGUCACAGAUAUGAAUGAUAAUCACCCUGAAAUAUCCAUCAAAUCAUUCCAGAGUCCAAUCAAAGAGAAUGUAGCAGUAGACACAGUGAUUGCCGUGGUUAGUGUCAGUGAUAAAGAUUCUGGUGAAAAUGGUGUAGUAGAUAUACAUAUUCCAAAUAAUCUACCUUUUGCACUUCGAGAGUCUUCUGAUAACUAUUAUGAACUGGUGGUUUCAGAGCCUUUAGACAGAGAGAAAGUACCAGAAUAUGACAUCACUUUCACUGUUACAGACAGGGGAUCGCCUCCAUUAUCUGACAAUGAAACGAUGACUUUAGAACUUCUGGAUGUUAACGAUAACGUUCCACUGUUUCCUCAGUCGUUCUACGCUAUACCUGUUACUGAGAAUAACGCACCUGGGGCAUUGUUAAGUUCCCUCACUGCGUUUGAUCCUGAUCUCCAUGAAAACCAGUAUCUCGUUUAUUUUAUAAUAGAAAAGGAGAUUGUGAACACCUCCAUGUCCAUGCUGUUCUCCAUCAAUCCAGAGAACGGUAAUCUUUACGCUCUAAAGACGUUUGAUUACGAAAUAGAGAAGGAGUUUCUUUUCCACAUCGAGGCCAGAGACUCCGGUGUCCCUCCACUCAGCAAUAACGUGACUGUGCACAUCAUUAUUAUGGACCAGAAUGACAACACUCCAGUCAUCGUCUCUCCGUGGCGCGCACAUGGAUCGGUAGUCGAGGAAAAGAUCCCCAGAUCCACCGAUAAAGGAUCCCUGGUUUCCAAGGUGAUAGCUAUAGACACUGAUUCGGUACAGAACUCUCGGAUAACAUACCAGUUUCUCCAGGUGACUGACGCCACGUUAUUCAGUCUGGAUCAAUACAACGGAGAGAUCCGGACUAUGAGAAUGUUCAGUUACAGAGACCCACGUUACCAACGGCUGGUUGUCAUCGCUAAGGACAACGGAGAGCCUGCGCUCUCUGCUACUGUCACCAUCAAGCUGUCCACGGUGGAGACUGCUGUUAAAGCCUACUCUGACAUGACUGAAGUACCUCUAGAAUAUGACAUCUUCUCUGACCUCAACCUGUACCUGGUGAUCGGACUGGGCUCGGUGUCGUUUCUGUUACUGAUCACCAUAUUGGUCACCUGUGUGCUGAAGUGUCAGCACCCGAAGCCUAGCAAAGCAGCUCCUCCCUUCAGGAACAGCGUGAUCAGCGAUAGGAACUCCACCAUCGCGGAUUCCACCCUGGUCUCCAACGAUGCCUACUGGUACAGUCUGUUUCUAGCGGAGACUAGGAAGGGAAAGCUGGUAGUCAGACAGCCUGUGCCAAAGGGAUCCAGAUACAUCGUGUCCAGUAUUCCAAGAAGCACGGGACUGACAGAGACCAGCGACUCAGCCGCUUCUACUCUGCAGGUAAGAUAG